GAAGGCAGCUAAAGCAGUAAUAACCAGCAUAGCUACUGAAACAUGAAACUCCCACUGUCUCCUCCCCUAUUGCUCUGUCUUUAUAAUGCUCACCAUCGUCUGCUGCUCUUGUGUUUGUCUUGAAAAGUAUCUGUCAUGUGGACGACUCUUCUUAAGUUAGAUCUGGCCUCUGUAGGCCUGGCUCUGUCUCUGUUUUUCAUUUUUAUAGUAGUGUUUGAAAUCUUCAGGAUUAAUUCCUACAGAGGUCAAACUCCACCUGGUCCCACGCCGCUGCCUUUUGUAGGAACCAUACCGUAUUUUUUAAAGAACCCCAUGGAGUUCAUCAGAUCGUUAUCUCAAUAUGGAGAGAUGACCACUUUAUAUCUUGGAAGAAAGCCAUCAAUAUUUCUCAAUACAAUCCAGAUCACGAAGGAAGCCCUGGUCCAAAAUGCUUCAUCUUUUUCAGGAAGGCCAGCUAUACCACUUCUAAUCUGGAUCACUGAAGGAUAUGGUAUCAUAAUGGCCACAUAUGGUCACUCCUGGAGGCAGCAGAGACGGUUUGCUCUGCACACGCUCAGGAACUUUGGCCUGGGGAAGAAGUCUUUGGAGGAACGUGUGACAGAGGAAAGCACUUACCUGGUUCCUGAAAUGCUCAAAUUGGAAGGCAAGCCUUUCGACCCACAACAUGCAAUACACAAUGCCGCUUCCAACAUUAUCUGCUCCAUCGUGUUUGGGGAUCGUUUUGACUAUGAUGACAAGCGCUUUGCAUGCCUUCUGGAAAUCGUGAAGGAGAACAGCAUUCAGACAGGGUCACUUGUCGGACAGGUGUUUAACUUGCUUCCCAUCAUCAAACAUUUCCCAGGGCCACAUCAGAAAAUCUAUCAGAAUGCCGAAGAGUUUAAAGCUUUCAUAAGGGAUGCAAUCAAAGCGCACAGAGAAACUGUGGAUCCAGACAGUCCUCGGGACUUUAUUGAUGCCUACCUGCUAGAGAUAGAGAAACAAAAGUCCAAUGAGGACUCUACAUUUCAUGAGAAUAACUUGGUUAUGUCAGUAUCUGACCUUUUCCUGGCUGGAACCGACACCACAGCGACCACCAUCAGAUGGGGGCUCAUCUACUUGACUCAAAACCCACAUGUACAAGAGAGAUGUCAUGAGGAGAUUGUUCGGGUGCUGGGUUACGACCGCUUGCCCAGCAUGGAUGAUCGGGACAAACUACCGUACACAUACGCCACUGUUCAUGAGUUUCAGCGCUGUGCCAACAUUGUACCCUCUGGUGUGUUUCAUGAAACGACUCAGCCUGUAAAACUACGAGGAUACGACAUUCCCAAGGGCACCGAAGUAUAUACUAACUUAACAGCAAUUUUAACCGACAAGGAGCAAUGGAAAUACCCAGACACUUUUAACCCAGAGAAUUUCUUAGAUGACAAUGGACAUUUCUUCAAGCCAGAGUCUUUUCUUCCUUUCUCCUUGGGUCCGAGGGUGUGUCUCGGUGAGAGUCUAGCUAAGAUGGAGCUAUUCCUCUUCACCACUUCUCUCUUACAGCAGAUUCGUUUCUCCUGGCCACCUGGUGCGAAGGGUCCAAACAUGAAUGGGAUUGUCAGUUUGGUCCGCUCUCCUGAGCCAUUCAAUAUCAUCUGCCACAGCAGAGGAUCCAAAGAGUGAUACAUUAGUACACUUUCCAACAUUCACAGGAGUUUCCAUCUGUUUUUAGACAUAAUGUUACUUAAUGUUACAACCUAAUGUUAAUAGUUUUAGCCUUGAAAGAAUUAUAUUUUUUUAGUUUAAUAGUUAAAGUUUGGAAAAAAAAAAAUGCUGUACCUAUUUAAUGUAGCAUUUGGGCCAAUCAGACACACAAUAGUUCAUUUAGAUUUACCAAAUAAAUUAUUCAUGAGAUUAACAAAUAAUCAUAGACCCUUCACCUAAUCCACAACACUGGGUGGCGGGACAUCUCAGAUGGCCCACCAGGCCUCUGAUUACUAUAGCAGCCAGGACACCUCUGCCAGACUGUAUGUCCUUUAUGACCUAAAAGAAUGCUAUAGAAAAUGACUUCUUUCAUUAAUUCUUAGACAAACCUUUCUGUGAACGAACACACAUAUCCCCAGGUCAUUGUGUAUAUUAUUACUGUUCUUGUAUAUUGUCUUUUGUACUGUAUACUGUUUUAUGCAUGUGUUAUGAUAAAUCACUAGUUAGUAUAAUCCCACAUAUACUAUGUUUGGUCUCUUUAUGAUCUAAAAGAUGGUGUAUAUAUUCAUAUUUAUGCAACAUAUUAGUGUUUUAAGAAUUUUUUUGUAGUUUUGCAUUAACACCCAAUCAAAUUAAAAAUGCAAAAUACCAUGCUCUGAAAGAAAGAGUCGUAAACUUUCCCUCAAAGAAGUGAAAGUCACCAUUGCUCUAUGACCUCCCGGAGGUGUGACUUCAAUAGGAGAUAAAGGCCUCACACCAGUGACCCGCCUGCCGCUUUUUAGUCUUUUCACUCGUCUCUCAUCACCUUCCCAUAUUCUUGUUGCUAAGUUUGUACCUGCGCAGCCAUGAGUGGCAGGCCUCAAACAAGCCAGUCUGCGCUUCUUUUAGAUCCUAAGAGGAUGACAAGGAUGAGCUAGAUCUCUUCUAAGGACUACCUAAGCUUGUGCCAGGCUUCGGUCUAGUCUUUUCAUUCACCAAAGACCUUCAGAUUUCAGCUGGAUCUCUCUCUCAGCUCUUGGUUUUUCUUUACUUUCCACCUGGGAAAAAACUCCCAAUCACCACUGAACCAGAACAUCUUUGGAGUUCAUCACUUUUCAGACCUGGAGGAACAUGAUUGCAAGUCCAAACCUUGAAACCAUCAAGACUUUCAUCCAAGACUACAUUCGGAAGCUCAUUCAAUGACCAAGGCAAUGCAAGUAUUGUACAAUUACAUGAGUUUCUGAUUUUGCCUUGUAAAUUAAUGUCCCUUUUAUAAUUCUGAUCAAGCCACAUGCAUUAAUGCUGUAAGAAUGUUAUUUUCUGUGGCCACGAAAAUAUUGCUUAAAGCUGAUGUGAAAUUACACUAAAUGUUCAAACAGAUUGGUUGAUGACAAUAUUAAUUCUGCAACAGUUGCUACUGGCAGCUUAAUUAAUUGUAAUUAUUUAUAUACAUUUCCCUUUUGAGCUAAUUUGCUACAUUGUAAAGUGUGUAAUCUGCUGCAAUACCACUGUGACACACUAAAGGUUUUUCCUCUCUUGA